AUGGCUACUUCCAUCACCCUGGUCAUCGGAGCGUCCCGUGGCAUCGGCCGCGAGCUCAUACAACAGAUCAGUCAAGAACCGUCCCAGCAGGUCAUUGCCUCGGUGCGUAAGCCCACAGAUCUUAUCAAUGCCUCGAACAUCAGCUCGAUUAUCCUGGAUCAAGCAGAUCGGAAGUCAGUUCAAGCUGCCGCUGCCCAGGUAACUGAGAUCGACACACUCAUUAUCAAUGCCGCGUUUGGGGACGCAGAGAAAGUCCUCACUACUUCCGACGAAAGACUAUCUGAGUACUUCAACGUGAACGUGGGUGGGCCACUGAGGAUUGUUCAGGAGUUUUUACCAGCCCUGCUCGCCCGUCAGACCCGGCGGAUUAUAUUGAUUUCAUCGGAAUCAGGAUCCAUGACGCGCCAGAUUAAUGCGAAAGGGGGUUUCAGUGGCCCUUACGCGGUGUCCAAGGCGGCCGCAAAUAUGGUCAUUGUCCAGUUACACAAUGAAUUACAUGACCAGGGAUUCACAUUGCAGGCAAUUCAUCCUGGAUGGGUUGCAACGGAUAUGGGCAGGAUGACCGGUCCGGGAGGAAUGCCAAUUCAUAAGUCGGUAGAGGGUAUUUUACAGCGCGUCAACGAGGCGAAACAUGAGGAUUCACCUCGGUUUGUUGCUUUCGAUGGAUCCACCAUGCCAUGGUAA